UGAUCCUCAUAUCCUAUCCUCUCCAAACCCAUUAAUCAACAUCUCUCUCUAAUUAGUUAUCUCCUCUUUAGUUCGCACAGAUUCUCUCUCUCUCUCUCUCUCUCUCUCUCUCUCUCUCUCUCAAUUAUGGCUGACGCGAAGCAAGCCAACCUAAGCGGCGCCUACUACGGCCCGCCGAUCCCCCCGCAGAACACGUACCGCAGCGUCGGCCGCAGCUCCGGCUGCAACCCCUGCGCCUGCCUCUUCUGCACCCUCUUCAAGCUCAUCUUCUCCAUCGUCGUCAUCCUCGGCAUCAUCGUCCUCGUCGUCUGGCUCGUCAUCCGCCCCUACGGCCUCAAAGCCCACGCCGAGUCCGCCGCCCUCACGCAGUUCGCCCUCUCCUCCUCCAACACCCUCGACUUCAACCUCACCGUCGACAUCGCCGUCCGCAACCGCAACAAGAGGAUCGGCAUCUACUACGACUACAUCGAAAGCCAAGCGUUCUACGACGGCGACCGCUUCGGCUUCGAGCUGCUGCCGCCCUUCUACCAGGGCCACAAGACGACCAGCGAAAUUAAGCCCGUGUUCCAGGGGACGCAGCUGAUGCUCGGGAACUCGGUUUCGACGACCUACAACACAGAAAAAGGUAAAGGGUUUUACAACGUCGACGUGAAGGUGUACACUAAGCUCAGGCUCAAGAUAUGGAUCUUUAAGAUUCACCAUGUUAAUCCCACGAUUAAGUGCACUUUGAGCUUACCUGUUCCCAGCAACACGAGCUCAACGUCCACGGUGAAUUUGGGGACCGAUUGUGACGUGGACUACUAAUUAAUACGUAAACAUAUAUAUUAGCUAUAUAUAUUUCUAUUUGUUGAUUCUUUUUGUUUUUUCGCUUAUUUUAUGAGAGAGUAUUUAUUUAUAUAUAUGUUGGUUGUAUGGAGAUAUUUGUACACUUUUUUGUAUAUUUACAGCACGAGAUGAGUGAAUAAAUUGAUGUUUUAUUAA